AUGAGCGCAGCGCAGCCCCACCAACAAUGCCUUAGGCAUUCUCUGAAUGCCUACUUCAGCUUUGUCGAGCCUGCGAAUUCAGCUCCUACCAACAAACAAGGCAGCGGUGAGAAGGAUAAGUCAUCGCAGCGACCAAUUGAGCAGCACCAUAAGCAGAUCUUACAAAAAACAAAAGCAGAAGAGAACGGCAGUCAACAACGGCCAGCAGCAAACGUGAUCACACCAACAACUAAGCAGGUACCAGCGAGUACGCAGGCAGCGAAGAACAACAUAAAUCAAGAUGAUGAUAUUGCAUCCACGAGCGCUGCAGCAGUAAUGUGUCCUGAUGCUACCACAAUACAGCAGUGGAAUAUAGUGAAAAUGGUCAAAUACUUGGGCUCACAUGAAUUGUGUGUAGCAUUUGCCGAGGUAUACGGUCUGUUGCCAAAAAGCCGGCUUUGUACCAUUCACAAAACCAAAAUGGCAUUCCACAAACGCCACCCAGUAGGAUACUUUAAAUGCUCUAGGGGCAAUUGUAGGACGAAGUCCCUUAUUUCAAGGGCAGCGGGCACGUGGUUUGAAGGCGUCAAAUUAAGCUUUCCCCACGUGUUUUACCUAAUGUAUUGCUUCGAACACCGCUUUACGUGGGAAGAUAUUUAUAGGGAGAAUUAUGCGAGCGUGGGAAAGAAAUUGUCAUCUGCCACUAUCUCCGACUGGUAUAGCUACUGCAGGGAAGCGGUAGUUAUAUUUCAGUUAGACCAACAAGAAUUCAAAGGGAAGAUUGGUGGUCCAGGUAAGGUAGUGCAGAUUGACGAAAGUAAAUUCGGGAAACGGAAAUAUAACAAAGGAAGACGCGUAGAAGGGCAUUGGGUGCUGGGUAUGAUAGAGGAUGGCAGUGAGGACCUCAGACUGGAGGUAUGCCUCGACAAUGUACGUUCCGCUGAGGUCCUCAUCCCUCUUAUUCGUAAAAAUGUACUAGAAGGAACAACCAUAAGGACAGAUUUUUGGCGCGCAUAUGAAUGCCUCCCUGAAUAUGGUUACAUCCAUAGAAAGGUUAACCAUAGCGACCCUGGGAAUCCAUUCAUCGCCGAGGAUGGCACAAACACCCAAAGAAUCGAGUCCCAUUGGCGUGUAGUGAAGAGAUUUUUUUAUGAAGACAACUAUAAUAAUCCGGCAAACUUUGCUGAUGUUAUAGUAGAGUUUUUAUGGAGGCGGGAAAUCCAAAGAAAAAAUACAGACCCAUUUAUUUCUUUACUGGGUGUUAUU